AUGGCUCCAGCUGCUUACUCCGAUCUCUCCAAAUCUUCCAAUGACUUAGUCAACAAGGAUUUCUACCAUUUAUCCACUGCUGCUGUUGAAGUUAAAUCAGUUGCUCCAAAUGGUGUUACUUUCACCGUUAAGGGUAAGACCACCAAGGAAGACACCAUUGCUGCUUCUGUUGAAGGUAAAUACGCUGACAAGGCUACUGGUUUAACCUUGACUCAAGGUUGGAACAAUGCCAAUGCUUUAAACACCAAGAUUGAAUUAUCUGAAUUAUUAACUCCAGGUUUAAAGGGUGAAUUAGACACUUCUGUUGUUCCAAACGGUGCCAGAGCUGCCAAGUUAAACUUCUUCUACCAACAAUCAGCUGUCAAUGCCAGAUUAUUCUUUGACUUAUUAAAGGGUCCUGUUGCUACUGCUGAUUUAGUUGUUGCUCAUGAUGGUUUCACUGCCGGUGCUGAAUUAGGUUAUGACAUCUCUUCAGCUAAGGUUAACAAGUACUCCGUUGGUGUUGGUUACGCUAACGCUAACUACUCUUUAGCUGCUACUGCCACUUCCAACUUGUCUGUUUUCUCUGCAGCUUACUACCACAAGGUUUCACCAUUAGUUGAAGUUGGUGCUAAGACUACUUGGGAUUCCGUUAAGUCUUCUAACGUUAAUGUUGAAUUUGCCACCAAGUACGCUUUAGACAAGUCUUCUUACAUCAAGGCUAAGAUUGCUGAUUCUGGUUUAACUGCUUUAUCUUACACUCAAGAUUUAAGACCAGGUGUUAAGUUAGGUUUAGGUGCUUCUUUCGAUGCUCUUAAAUUAGCUGAACCAGUCCACAAGUUAGGUUUCUCCUUAUCUUUCGCUGCUUAA